GUAGAGAACAAUCCCGAGGUGAUGACCCAGCUCGCCACCACGCUGGGCCUCUCUCCCGAUCUACAGUUCUACGACGUCUAUUCCCUCGACGAGCCAGACCUGCUCGCUCACAUCCCUCGCCCUGUCUUCGCGUUGCUGGUCAUCAUCCCCCUCACGCCAGCCUGGCACCGUGACCGUCAAGCCGAGGACGCCGGAAGGGAGUCCUACGAGGGAUUCGGCCCCGACGAGCCCGUCCUCUGGUUCAAGCAGACCAUCGGACACGCGUGUGGCUCCAUCGGACUCCUGCACAGCGUCCUCAACGGACCAGCAGUGGCCUUCAUCCAGCCGGGCUCCGACCUCGAGGCUAUCCGCAACACCGCCAUCCCGCUGCAGAUGACCGACCGCGCCGAGAUGCUCUACAACAAUCUCCCCUUUGAACGCGCCCACAGAUCCGUCGAACACUCGGGCGAUACGCAUGCACUGCCCACCACCCAACACACCGGUCUGCACUUUCUCGCGUAUGUCACCGCCGCUGGACGACUCUGGGAGCUCGAAGGUUCACGCCAGGGGCCGCUGGAACGAGGUCGAGUCGCGGAGGGGGAGGAUGUGCUGAGCCCGAGACUGCUGCAGAUGGGGAUCAAACGGAUCAUGAGGGUGGCCAGCGAGGGGGGGGAGAAAGAUCUCCGCUUCAGCUGUAUUGCUUUGGCAAGAAGAACAAGAACUGUUCAAUAA